UUAGAAAUAAAAUGGAUUCAUUAGAAGAGACCAGGAAAAGGCUUGCUUCCAAGCUUCAUCGAAAGGGACAUAAAUACAUGAAGUAUUUAACGAAAAAUUUGAGUGUAAAGAAAUCAGUAAAAGACAACAAAUCCAAGGAAUAUGAAUUUGGAAAAGAGCAUAGAGACCAAGGAAAUCCCCAAUGCUCAUAUCUCAAAGAGAACAUAGAUCUAAGCACAAAUAUGGUACUAACAAAUCAGGCAAAUUUAUCCAAAGAAGAUAGUUUCAAAUCCAACUUCCCAAGAUUUGGAAAGAGUUAUGAUCGAAUAGAUAUAAAAUAAACUGAAAUCUAUAAAUAAUCAGUGAAACCCUGUCCAGGAAAUGAUCAACACAAAAUUUGGAUACUCAGCUAAGAAGAAUCUUAAUGAAAGUAUAAAAAGAAUGAACUGCAUCCAGAAGCGAUCGAUUUCUACUAAGAGAAAACACUCUUCUAAAAAGAAGGGCAGGCUAGGAGCAAACUAUUACCUCUUUCCUCAGAAAAUGAGACCAAUCAGAAAGAAGGACUUCAAAGGUUCUUCAGAGAAAAAUAUUCAGUCUUCAAAACAUCAGAUGAGGGAACUGAGGAGAAAAAGCAAGGCUAUUGGUACCAAUAAUAAGUUCCACAGUAGGAACGACAAGGUAAAAAGCUGCACUAAAGAUACCUAUGGAGCGAGCACUUAUUACAAAAAUUCUAUUUACACACUGCAAUCUUCUCACAAUGACCAUUCUGCUUCACUCAACAGGAGCAAAAGCAAGAGCAAAAGCUUAAGUACCUUCUCUGUUUUCCAGUGCAAGAACCUUAAAAUACAUUCUAAAGACAAGAUCAAAAGUACGAGAAAAGAGUUCAAUCCUGACUACCAUCAGAUGGCUGCCAGGCACUAUAUCAAGAUAGAAUUAAAACCUCCAGUGAAGAAGCAUAAAGACAGCACAACUAGAGAUGCUAUCUGCAAAUUUAACUCACAAAGAGGUAAAAGCUCAGACAUCCAUCAAGCUAAAUACAGGAAAAACAAGGCUGAGCACCCAGCUUCGAGGAAACUAAGCAUUCAGAAAAGAGCUAGGUGUGAGACGACUCCUCUUACACAGGAUAAAAUGAAAAAUCCUUACAUCAAUGAUAACCAGAAAAUCAGUUCCUUCUCCGCCAUUUUCGCUCCUUGUUCCAAAGACCAGCAUCUAAACUAAUUUUUCCCAGAAAUUUUCCAUUCUCUUAUAUCUGUUCUGGGGUUCUAAGAGGAAUACACAAGCAACAGGUUUGUUUAAAGGCUACAACCUUACUGAUUAUUUAGUUUGUUUAGUAGUUAUCGAUUCGA